AAAUAUAUUCAAUUGUAAGCAGAUUCUUGAUACAGUGAUGCAUAGAUGUUUCAUAGGGAAUAAUGGCAGCCACUUAGGUAAAUGUAGCUUUGAGAGUAUAACAGCUUUGAGACUAUAACAGUUGUCAAUAGACACAUAAAAUGACAUUCUGAAAGAAAUUUCACAAUGUUAGCUGUAUAUAGAUAUAAACUUUGGAGAUAUAAAAUGUACUGAACAGUGAUUAAACGCGGUGUUUCGUUCGUUUUAUUCUCUCUGUGUACUAGUAGUAAUAUAGUAGGCCUAGCCUAUGGAAUGUUCUGAUGCGGGAUGUUUUAUGGUCCGACCUUAACAACGAGAAAUAUAACUGUGCAUCAAUUUGUGUCAUUGCAUCGCUAGGUAGGCCUGUAUGUAUCAAUUGUUGGUACCUAGUUUCCCCAACUGGUACAACUGCAAAACAAACUAACGCCACGUUUACACAUAAUUGUGGACCAAAAGAAGUCAAAAGAAUGAAACCAUUUGGCAUUACAAGUACAACAAGAGCAACGGAAUCUCCCUGACGCUCCGCCCAUCGCACUACAGCUCUGCCAAUCAAAACACGGAUUUCAAAAGAUGUGAUAUCAAGCGACGCAUUUUAGUCUAAUCACGGUGCAUUUUAGAACCAGGCAUGAACACGGCUUUUAUGUAGUUGUCUACUUUAUUCGCGCGAAGACCGUGAAAUGACAAUGUAAUCACACGUGGCAUGAAAGGAAGUAUGGAGUUGAAAUGGAAAUUAGAAAAGAAGACAAGGAGCUGUCACAAGUCAGAGAAAUCCGUAUAGCGUCAGCUUGCUGUGGGACAUUUGGCGUAGAAAGAAACUUCCGAAUUCAAAGUCGCACUUGGGAUACUUCAACAAUGUGGAGGCCGGGGUCAUGAUUGCUGCCUUACGGAUGAUACUGGUUUCUAUACUUCUGCUGAAGAUCCGCACUUCAAACUCUCAGAAUACGACGGCGACGCCAUUGUGUCGUCAUAGAAGUAGCCAGUAUUUUCCACCCGAUGUCUUCAACAAAAUCGCAUGUGCAGAUUGCUUUGGUUUUCUGUAUGAGGACAACGCGAUACUCCUGCCCGGAGGACCUUAUCUCAUUUAUAAAGACACUCUUAUCAACGGAUCUAUAUUUUCGGCGAACGCUACAAAAGCAAUCCUAGCUGAUAUUGAAAACAAAACUAAGACAAGUUUGAUUUGUUCUUCGUUGGAGAGCUGGGAACAAUGCGAUAGGUGGCGACAAUGUUGCCAGGAGGCCGCCAGAUGCUGUGAUAAGUUAAAGCAGGUGUCAGUUCAGACGCGAGAAGGUUACUGCCCUUACACGUGGGAUGGGUGGCUCUGCUGGGAUAGUGACGUCAGAGCUGGAUCACGUGGUUCAAUGGCGUGUCCAGGUUUUGUGGAACAUGUGAGUACAUCAGAACUUGCAACCAAAACAUGCACAGACAAGGGAACCUGGUGGCGCAGCAAUGACACUAACCAAGAGUGGACCAAUUACUCUAGUUGUAUCACCAUCGGGGCGAAGAGAGACACAAUCUAUGUAAGGAUAGCUUGCAAUGCUGUGGGUAUCGUUGCCUUGGUGCCUGCUGUCAUCAUCUUCCUGUCCUUUAAACAGCUUUCUACCCAGCAUCGUGUCCAGAUUCACGUCAACCUGUUCAUCUCCUUCAUCCUAACGGGCGUCAUAUACAUCAUACUGGACUCCGUGGUGUUUCUGGAUCGGCUGUCACACAGUAAAGAGACAUCUAUUAUAUAUAAGAACCACAUCGGCUGUAAGAUUCUCUACAUGCUGACCCGUUAUAUUCGUAUGACGAAUUACACGUGGAUGUUUCUGGAAGGGUUUUACCUGCACAGACUCAUCGUCCGAACAUUCCAAACCCCUAAGAAGAUAUGGUGGAUAUAUCCAGUAGGCUGGGGUUUCCCACUCCUUCCAGUCGCAGUGUAUAGCUUGAUUAAGGCAUCCAGCAAACAGAAUAGAGAAUGCUGGGUACCUAAUAUGGCAGGGUUCGAGUGGAUUAUAUACACACCUAAUUUGCUCAGUUUGGUUAUGAAUUUGUUCUUUUUGUGCAACAUUCUACGUAUUCUACUCACACAACUUCAGCGGCAUCCUAACGAGCCCAGUAAUUACAGGCGCGGGUUGAAGGCCACUUUUGUUCUGGUGCCAUUAUUUGGACUGCAGCUCUUAGCUAUCAUUUACCGACCUCAGGAAAAGAAUGUAGACUUUAGUUGGUACGAAAUACUGUCGGCAGUUCUCGCCAAUACUCAGGGGUUUCUGGUGGCACUUAUCUUCUGCUUUUUUAAUGGGGAGGUUAUUGGGCAACUUCGGCAAUCAGCUCAGCGUCAUAAGGUCAGACGAGAGUCUCGCAGAAGCACCAUUGGAACGAUGUCCACAGCGCUGAGCUUCAGGAACCAAUCAUAUGGCGGACAGUCAGAACAAACAUUUGGCCAACGUCAUCAGUCUGUGGGUAGCGCAAUUACGUUACGUCACUGUUCUCUGUGUUCCGCAAAUUACACUGACAGCUGUAACUGCCGUGAAAAGGUCACAUACAGAUACGGGUCAUCGGCGCCUCUCAGGGAUGACGCGAUACAGGAGGAAAUUGGAGGUGCUCCAGACUCAAAAACCAACAUUCAUAAUAUCAGCGAAGAGAAUGGCGAAUCACUUCACAGGAGUACCCAUUCUGUCACGCAGUCAGCACGUGAUAUGACCACAAGCCCGACUCUCAACGAAAACACCUUACCAUCACGGGAUUCUCCCACGUGCUCAACACAUGAAGCCUUCGCGUUACCGGCAGGCGAAGAAUUAAACAACGACCAGGAAACCAAAGUGCCAUUACUUGGGGAUUUAAGUCCUCGUGAAGACCAAACUGUCAGUCAGUCUGUGAUAACUAGUCAAAGCAAUAAUGGAUGCAGCCCUAUCUGGAGGAAAAAACCGUCUACUGGCUCUAAAGACUUCACUAAAUAUACAGUUUUGGGCUCAGAGUCCAAGGCACCCUUAUAAACUAAUGCUGACGUCCUACUUGUUACUCAAAGAAGUUAAGCUACUUGUUUUGCAAAAAAAUUACUUUUCCAAAUUUAUCAAAUAAAAGUCGUGAUAUUAUAUUAUAUAAAUGAUCUUUGCUGCAUUCACUGAUUAAAUGACAAAGAUAAUUGUCAAAAUAAUUUUCUUCAGCUGAAUUAUUGUUCUCAAAGAAUUUAUGUAAC